AUGAAAAACCGACAGGGAGAGCAUAGUCCAUUAAGAGAAACGUUAAUUACCAAAACUCUGCCGAUGCCAUACUCAACAAUACCGACGUUGUUACUCAUUUUCAACGCCGCGACAACCUGCACCGCCAACAAGGCCAAUGACCCAGCGGCAGAAGCGGCAACAGAUGUGUGCAAAGAGCAUGCCUAUUUAACGAGGCUCAGCCAGCAUAUACAAGGGAAAUUAAACGACAUUAAAGCCACAAUUAGGCUGCAGAAAACGGAAGCUAGAAAGUGGCGGAUGGCAGCAGCCAAAGCGCAGGAACAGGGACAAAAGUGUUUGCUCACGGCACUGGAACUAACGAUAAGCGAUGCGCUCGAGGCCAACGAGCUUGAGCUGGAGAGAGUCCGAAAAACAGUCAAUUCUGCAACCACAGCAAUCAAGCAGCAACAAGGUGUCAUAGCAGCAGCAUUAGCUGUUUCGGCAGUGCACGCAAAGAUGAACUCAGGUUCCGUCCACAGCAGCACAGGAGGCGGCAGCCCCUAUACAGCCACACUAAAAUUAGUAAAGGCGAAAAGCGAAGACCUGUGCAAAUUAGAAACUGACGAAGCAAAAGAAACGUUCGGAGGGGAAACACCGGAACCGCAAGACCUUUUUAAACUGGACCUCACAGAUAAAUCAAAAGUUAACAAAGCCAAUCAACUGGACGGUAUCAAAAUUACAGCCGAAGGCGGCUGCACAACGCAAAACAGCCAAAGCGCUACGGGUGCACUAAACGCAUGUUCGUUCAGCGGCGCCUCAGGUGCUGUCGAAAUAACAAAAGCCAAACCGCCAGCAUCAGCCUACAGGACAGCAACCCACUUUUUCAAGAGCAACGAAGACAAGACAGCCUGCCACUCAGACAUCACAGCAGCAGAUGCAGCAAAUGAGCCACUGAAAAGACGAGCCAAGGCGAUAUGCGAGGGCGUGAAGCUAACACCAAACACAACAAAAAUAUCUGAAUAUAGCGGCAAAAGCCUCAGCGGGUCUCAUGCGAUCCGAACCUAUGUGCGCAACUGCUGGCCUGCGUUUCACAACAUAGACGACCCAACGGAUAACAGCAAGGCAAAAGAAUUGAUAAAAUGGAUAGAAAAAGGCUACGGAGAAACAGCAGACAAUUUCAACGACAAAUUCAAGUCCCUACUUGAGGGUGAAAGCACACCCAUACGAGACAAGGGAGAGGUAGAAAGCAAAAAGAUCACCGAACUAACCAGUUCUACAGAGAAAACCAAUCAAGCUGUGAGCUUAAUGGAAGGAAUAAGAAUCAAGAGGGAACUUGAAGCAGAGAAGAAAAACAUACCCAAAGCAAUUGACACCAAAAAACCAGAAGAGUGCAAGGGAGAAAAAGACGAAACUAAAUGCAACAACAAGGAUGGGUGUGAAUACAAAGAUGGGGAGUGCAAAGUUAAAGCGACCACAGCAGCAACAGGGACAGAUGGAAAAGCUACAAACACCACAGUAAGUAAUUCUUUUGUUAUCAAUAAAGCUCCUCUUUUGCUAGCAUUUUUGAUUCUAUAA